AUGAAAACCACACCAAUUGUCUUUGUUCUUUCAGCAUUCCAGCAAAUAUACACGAGAUACAAAAAGCAUAAGAAUGAAAUCGAGGAAGUGAAUUACAGGACUUACAUAGUGACAUUUUCUCUCCCACGAAGUUUGACAAGAGUUCCAGAUCUGGGAGACAUGAGAGGACAAGCAGAGAGCUCAUCGGGGCCUAUGAUCUUACCCAGCUACCACGAACCAUUCUGCCUCCGAACCCAAACGCUGGUCCCGACACCGAUGAGGAGGAGAGAACACAACUUCCGGUGUUGCGAGGGCAGCGAUAUGUUACCAGAUUUGGGUGGGAUGGGGUGUGAAGCAGGAGCAGCGAUGAGGAGAAUAGGGUCAAAUGGAGGUGCAAGAACGGUCGGCAGAUGGUGUGCGACACCGACGGAGGAGUGA